AAAGAGUUUCUUUGCCAAAAGCUUUUUGUCUGUGCGUGGCUUCCGUCCUUCCACAGCGUGGGCUUCAAUGACAUUCUGAGCUUUCUUCACAUUAGAACAAUGUCUUUCACAUUUUUAUUCAGAACAUUUACUAGAGAAGCUGUAAAGAGCAACAUUUGCCUUCAUCGUGUGCAGUCGUUACACACAGGAUGUCAGCUCCUGGCAGCAGAUAAAGCCCUCCUGAUGAAACUGCGGAAAAGCAGUGGCUACACUUUCAUUAACUGUAAGAAAGCUCUGGAGAAGUUUGACAAUGACAUAGCUCAGGCUGAAAGCUGGCUGCAUGAGCAGGCCCAAAAAGAGGGCUGGAGCAAAGCAAAUAAGCUGGAGGGUCGAAAAGCCAAAGAAGGUCUGAUCGGUCUGUUUGUUGGAGAUAAAGUUGCAGCGAUGGUGGAGGUGAACUGUGAGACAGACUUUGUUGCCCGCAAUGAGAAGUUCCAGCAGCUGGUGAGGGAAGUGACUUUAGCCACCAUAGCUCACCACCAGAGUAAAAGCCAACAUGAGACUGGUUAUGUAAAGAGUUUUCUGGUUGGUGAUGAGCUACACGGACUCCGUGUGGGUGAAGGAUCUUCACUAGCUGACCAGGUGGCUCUAACAAUAGGUCGGCUUGGGGAAAACAUGUCUGUGAAGCGAGCGGUGACAGUAAAGGUCCCAGCUGAGUGGCACAUCGGCUCGUAUGUACACGGCAGCGUCGGCAGCCAGACGGAGGUGGCCAUGGGCCGCUACGGUGCUCUGGUUGUGUUUGAAGGUGGGGAAGAGGGAGAACAGAACAUUUUGGGACGUAAAUUGGGACAACAUAUAGUAGGAGAGGCCCCUUUGUCCCUGGGUACUGUGGAUGACCUGCCCUGUGGUGAAUCUGAGACACGCCUUAUGCCUCAGACCUUCCUGUCAGACCCCAGCAAGACUGUGGCUCAGUUCCUGAGGGGUAAGCAGGCUCGAGUGCUGGACUUUGCCAGAUUUCAGUGUGGCGAAGCAUCAAGUGAAGAGACACAAUAAAAAAGGGAUACUCCAUAAA